AACAAGGUUCCUCAGUGCCCUGGCUCGGGGGAAGGAAUGUUACCUAGCCUGCUGGUUGGGAUAGAGGAGGAGCUUCAGGGCAGGGUGGAUCCCAGGCAGGGCUAGGUGAGAGCGCCUGCUGGUACCGUGUGUACUCCUCACAACUCCAGGGCCAGGCCCUGCUGCCCUCCUGCAGACAACAAAGCCAUGGUCUCUGUGUCCCGAUCCUGCAGAAGCUCAUGGGGAGCUCCAGAUUGGCAGCCUUGUUUCUGCCUCUCCUCCUGCUGCUCUUCAGCCUGUCUGUGUCUGCUGAGAUUGACUGUCCCUACCUGCCACGCUGGAUCAGCCGCUGUCUACUGGCCCUCCGUGUGGAUAAGAGUUCCGCUGGAAGUUCUGCUCAAACUCCCUGCCCUACCCUCCUAGCCACAAAGCCCUGGCACUGGCCCUGCUGUUUGUGCCUGCAGCUGAUGUCCCGUCCUUCAGGCCUUCAGUGGGGUUGGUUCCCUCUCUUGGUGAAGAAAUCUAAAAGUCCUCUUAUGUUUGAAUUCUACUGGAGGCACAGGACACCGGCAUCCUCCCAGAGGAAGCUGCUAGGCAGCCUUUCCCUGUCUCAGGAAGGCCAUCGCAUUUCCAGCCCCUUCCCAGCCAUCUCCCACAGAGGGUCACGCUCCAAAAGGACCCAGCCUUUGGACACGGGAGGAGUGGAGCAUCUUCCUAGAGCAGGUUCACAGAAGCGUGGAGGACCUGAAUUCUCCUUUGAUUUGCUGCCUGAGGCACAGGCUAUUAGGGUGACUCUUCCUCCAGGCCCAGAGGCUAGUGUGCGUCUCUGUUACCAGUGGGCCCUGGAAUGUGAAGAUAUGAGCAGUCCCUUUGAUACCCAGAAAAUUGUGUCUGGGGGCCACACUGCAGACCUGCCUUAUGAAUUCCUCCUGCCCUGCAUGUGCAUAGAGGCCUCCUACCUGCAGGAGGACACUGUGAGGCGCAAAAAGUGUCCCUUCCAGCACUGGCCUGAAGCCUAUGGCUCGGACUUCUGGAAGUCAGUUCACUUCACUGACUACAGCCAACACAGUCAAAUGGCCAUGGCUUUGACACUCCGCUGCCCACUGAAACUGGAGGCCUCCCUCUGCCAGAGGCAGGACCCACUCAUGCCCUGUGAAGCCCUCCCCAAUGCCACAGCACAGGAAUCGGAAGGAUGGUAUGUCCUAGGGAAUGUGGAUCUGCAUCCUCAGCUCUGCUUUAAGUUUUCUUUUGAGAAUAGCAGCCAUGUUGAAUGCCCCCACCAGAGCGGGUCUGCCCCAUCCUGGACCGUGAGCAUGGACACCCAGGGCCAGCAACUGACUCUGCACUUUUCCUCGAGGACAUAUGCUACCUUCAGUGCUGCCUGGAGUGACCCAGGCUUGGGGCUCGAUACCUUGAUGCCUCCUGUGUAUAGCAUCAGCCAGACCCAGGGCUCAGUCCCGGUGACUUUAGACCUCGUCAUUCCCUUCUUGAAGCCGGGGAGCUGCAUCCUGGUGUGGAGGUCAGAUGUCCAGUUUGCCUGGAAGCACCUUUUGUGUCCUUAUGUCUCCCAUAGACACCUGGGGCUCUUGGUCCUGGCACUGCUGGGCCUCACCACUCUGCUGGGCGUAGUUCUGGUCCUCUUCUGCCGGCGCCUACUGCCAGGUCCAGGCCAAGCGCGGCCAAUUUUACUACUGCACGCAGCGGACUCAGAGGCCCAGCGGCGCCUGGUGGGAGCGUUGGCCGAACUGCUGCGGACCGCGCUGGGCGGCGGGCGCGACGUCAUCGUGGACCUCUGGGAGGGGACGCAUGUGGCACGCAUUGGACCACUGCCAUGGCUCUGGGCUGCGCGGGAGCGCGUGGUGCGGGAGCAGGGCACGGUGCUGCUGCUGUGGAACUGUGCAGGCCCCAGCCCAGCCGGCAGCGGCGACUCGCAGACUGCGUCCCUGCGCACCCUGCUCUGCGCUGCUCCACACCGGCUGCUGCUUGCCUACUUCAGUCGCCUCUGCGCCAAAGGCGACAUCCCCCGGCCUCUGCGCACUCUGCCACGCUACCGCCUGUUUCGUGACCUGCCACGCCUGCUGAGGGCACUGGAUGCUCGACCUGCCACCCUAGCCACCACUUGGAGUCAUCUUGGGGCUAAGCAGUGCUUGCAAAGCCGCCUGGAGCUGUGUCACCGGCUGGAACUUGCCGCCAAAGUUGACUACCAAAGCUCAACCGAUCAUCCCUGUGGUUCCAGUUGUCUGUAGCCUCAGCCUAGGGAGCAACAG